GUGGUGCUUCACCCUCCUCUUCAAAGGCGUGAUCUAUGUGCUGGGGAUUGUUGUCCAAAUGUCCUUGCUCAGUCUCUACAGUGCUAUCCCCUAUCCUCCGAGUCCGAAGAGGCCAAUCAUCUUCUUCAAUCCUAUUAACAUCACCACCAACACGACCAAUCCCCUCGUUCACUACCGCCUGUCCUCCGCCAGACACCGGAUCAUUCCUCGCACCAUCAUCACGUCCACCUACCCGACCAAUCUCCUCGUCCACAACCACCUCUCCCCGACUAAACACCGCAACCUUUCCCAUAACCACCCUCGCAAUAAGCUCAGUAGUGCCUCCAGCAACCACGAAAACCAGUCCAACAGGGCCACAAACAGGCCACCAGAUUCCUCCAGUAGCCCUUCUAUCCCCCUUAGCCCACGGAUACCCCAACGCAACACCCCCUCCCUUUCUCACAAGCGCACAAUCCACGAUCGUUCUCAAACACGCACACACACCUAUGACGAACGGCAAAAUCGCAAACGCGAUGACCACAAACGUAUACCCAGGAUCUUCGAAACAAUCCCCCAGAAGCGCGAAUUUCAUGCGGUACCCGAAUGCGACGGCCAAUGGGAUCAUAAGGCCCGUGGUCACCGAGAACCGCUUGGUACGUAUCGCCAGCGGUGGCGAGGGGUGGAAACACGAGUCGGAGACGGUAUAUGUCAACGAGGAAUAAUUGAGUGGCUUCUGGUAUUCGUACGGCUGGUUGAAGUUGUAGUGGGCGUAGAUCUCCGUGGGGAUUGAGAGGAGGAUGAUGAGGAAUGUGAGCGGAACCUCUGCUUCGUUAUUGUACAUAGCGACGAUAUUUGGUUUUGUGGUGAUGAUGAAACAGU